GCUUCAGGUCUGAAAGUGAAAUGUCUGCCAGAGAUACCUGACCACGGACCAUGCUUGUGUAAUAGCAUGCGUCGAACUCACACAUGAGACCAGAGACCUAGACACUAGACAGAGUGUCAGGACCACACGGCUGUUGGUUGCUGCGAGGUGUAGUGUCGUCUCCCGUCUGUUGACCUCCCAGUACUGCAGUGUGCGUAUUGCGUAAAUCUACUCAUCUUCGACUUCGGACAUUUCAAACGGGCAGAGAAGAAGACGGAGAUCCUUUCUCUAUGCUGUGAGCACACACGUAGAUUUACUGCCGUACUGGGGACUUUGGCGAGUUGACAUAGAAUGUCCUUCGAGAGCGGAGAGGGGAGAAAGAGGACGUAGUAACGGUUGGUAAGCAGAUAGUUACCGAACACCGUCCACCAUUCAGUAUUGUGCGGAGAAAAGUCGGGAAAAGAGAGGUGGAGUACACCGAUAUCUGGUCGACGGCAUGCCAGUUGGGUCUGGUUAGUUUUCAGUCCUGCCUGCGGGUAAACCAGUCGGUGACGACAUAGUCAUUGCGAGCAUGCCGGAGAAGCAAUGAAGAGUCAAAGUGGAGAUUCUGUUGAUGGAGGGCGGCUGGCAGAGGAUGCUGUCGAUGCUGUGUUCACCGACCCAAUGGAUGGCUGGGAGAGGGCAGUGACAUCAAAUGGCAUACCCUACUUCAUCAGCCACGGAGCAGAGACUACAACAUGGGAUCACCCAUACAUGACGAAGACUCUCCGUGCCCUCGAGGGUCUGAAUGCUAUCAAGUACGCAGUGUAUCGGAUGGCAAUGAAGUUGAGAUCUGUACAGAAGACGGCCGGCUUGGAUCACGUGACGUUGGCCUGUGUUGAAGAGGCGCUGCACAACAGUGGCGUCAGGCCUGGCAAAGUGUCGUGGAACUCCACCAUUGCGGUGUCAGAUGCGGAGACCGUGAUCGGUAACAUUUUCAAGAUGGUGAAGAGCAAGUCGGCGCAGCAGGUUAUGGACAUCGCACAGUGCACAGACCUGGCGCUAAACUGGGUUCUAAACACUUAUGACAGCGGUCGGACGGGUCUGCUACAUACCCUGUCUCUUGUCACUGGCAUCAUACUGCUGUGCAAAGGCAAGCUGGCAGAUAAGUACCAAGCUCUCAUAGCACAUAUUGGCGGUGGGAAAGAUAGCCUGACUCGUGCAGACUGUGAGAAGUUUCUUCAGGACUGCCUGCAGAUCCCUCGCCAGUUUUUUGAAAGUGGUCCAUUUGGUGGCACAAACGUCAACAUGGCUAUCAUCAGCCUUAUUGAAUAUAUCAAUGUUGACGGUAGCACAGUUAACAAUGAUGAUGAUUUCAGUGUCAGUGCAUUGGACGUGUUGGAUUGGUUGCUCGAAGAGCCGCAGACGAUAGUCUGGUUGCCAACCAUGCAUCGCCUUGCGUCCGCCGAGACUGUUCGUCAUGAAGCAAAGUGCAGCAGUUGCAAGGCGUACCCUAUCAUCGGCAUGAGAUAUCGCUGCACUAGGUGUGCAAGCUACGACCUCUGCCAGACCUGCUUCUUUGCUGACAAGGUCUCGCAGAAGCACAAGCAAACACACCCGAUGAAGGAGUACUCUAUGCUGACAACAUCCGGCGAAGAUGUGAAGGACCUCCUGUCAUUUAUCAAGAACAAGCUGUCGACAAAGAAGCGCCGGCAACGUUCUCUGGCCAGGAGAAAGAGCAGCUUUCUGCCACUUCCAGCCAGGACACAAACAGAUCUAGGAAGAGGAGGACAGACAACACAGAGCUCUGGCAAUGCUGCGGAUGUACACGGCGAUAUUCAGAGACUACGACAACGGCUGGUUAAGCUGGAGAGUGCAACGCAGCAAGUCAACACUGAAGCAGAGGAGGAUGAUCAUCUUCUCACAUUACAUUUGCUUGGACACAGCCAGGAAUUUGACCCAGAACAGGCUGCUGAGCUGACAAGGUUGCAAGAAGCAAGUCAGGCACAAGACGGUCUCCAUGCUGUGAUUGAUCAGCUGAAUGACGAGAAAAGACGCAUACUGCAGGAGCUCGAGGAGCUUCGAGCAUCCAGCGCCCUGCAAACGGAUGCUCCUGACGCAGGGUAUCUGAGAGCAGACAGGCAGCAACUGCUGGACAGGAUAGCACGGCUCGAAGAGCACAAUCAAACUCUAGAGGAACAACUGCGACGUCUUAGAGAGCUUCUCCAAAUACCAGACUCCUCUACACCACAGCCAGCACCACGGGCAACUCAAACAUCAGCGCAACCUGUAACUCAGCCCGUUGCUCAGCCUAGGAGGCACACUGGUGGCGAUGGUGGCAGUGUAGCCGUUGACAUGGCACAGCCGUCAGCUGCACCACCAAGAACAGCACCACACCAACUGGUUCAUCGUCCAUCAGCUGCCGGUGUCACACCAGUCGUGUUGGCUGCUACUGAUGCAGGACAUUACAACAGAACCACUGAUGCAGAUGUACUGCAGAGCCCAGCCCGGUACUAUCAACCUAUGGCGUCAACCGAACAGCUCGGUCUAAUGGAUUCUAUGCAGCCGGCACGCCAGGCCAGCCACUGGGCUGGUCCAGGCGACCAUACACAUGCUUCUGCUAUCGCUCCUGGCGGUGGAGAUGACACUGACCUAGCCAGCGUCGUAGCCAUAGCUCUUCGUGACCUGACCAUGCCAAAGAGACAAGUCAACGCUCCAACCAUGAGGACAACUGCAGCACAGUCACCCAGCGGACAGGACUUGAUCGGACUGAGUGAAAUGAUUGGGAUUGCCAUGGAAUCCUUGUCGCAAGCAACGGCGACAACCUACAGCAUGCAUUAGUUUGAAAUACUCUGAAUAGAAGUAAUGAUAGUGAAGGGCAUCUGAGUGCAUCCUGGGCUUCACUGCACGGCUGCCCAGUCGACUUUACAGGGGCAGGCCUAUACUGGUAGUUGAUACAGAUCACAUCAUUGUUUUCCCUUUAAAAUACUACUAAUAGUCAUUCCUUCAGCAAGCGUGCUAUGCAAGCAGCCACUGUUGCUUCCCAAAGUAAUAACGGUGUUUGCUAUGAGCUGCUGAGAGACAGGUAUUGAUUCACAUCGCAGCAUAGAGUGGAUAUGUGAACACAUAACUAUGAGAAUAUAAUCAAAUAUCAAUCAA